AUGAUCUACUCUGGUGAAAUAGAGAAUGGCCAAAUGCAUGGCCGUGGGUGCCUUCAGUACCCCAACAAGGAAACGUACGACGGUGAGUGGGUCUUUGGCAAACGCCACGGAUAUGGUGUUUAUAUGUACGCUGAUGGUAGCCGCUAUGAGGGUGAAUGGGUGGAGGACAAGGUCCACGGAAAGGGAACGUGCCACUACACCAGCGGAAAUAAAUACACCGGUGAUUGGACAUUUGGCCGAAUCAACGGUCGCGGCGUCCUUGAAUACCACGACGGCGAUCGCUAUGAGGGUGACUGGAAGGAUGGACGCAUGCAUGGUAAGGGUAUUUACUGCUACUCGAAUGGUGACAGGUACGAGGGAGAGUGGAAGGACGAUAAGCGUCACGGCAAAGGUAUGGUCGUGUACGCCGCUUCGGAUGGAUCUGUUUCCGAAAAAUAUGAGGGCGACUGGGUUGACGGUCGUAUGCAGGGCUGGGGAAAAUAUUUUUAUGCCGACGGUGGUGUCUACGAGGGUGAGUGGAACGAUGGCAAGAUGCAUGGGAAAGGUACGUAUGUAUUUCCAAAUGGAAAUAAGUACGAGGGUGAAUGGCAAGAUGACAGGAAACAUGGCUACGGCAUCCUUAACUACGUUAACGGCGAACGGUAUGAAGGCUACUGGCAGCUUGAUAAAGCCCAUGGCAAGGGAACAUUGUUGUACCUGCAAGGUGAUCGUUAUGUUGGAGAGUGGCACUAUGGUAAGAAACACGGUCACGGUGUUCUUACCUAUAGUAAUGGUGAUACAUACGAUGGUGAGUGGCGCGACGAUGACGCGUCGGGCUACGGCAUACUUGAGUAUGCAAAUGGCUGCCGAUAUGAGGGGGAAUGGGCAGCAGAUCGCCGCCACGGUCAGGGCUUGUUGCGACUUCCUGAUGGUUCCAGCUAUGAAGGUGGCUUCGCGUACGGUAAGAAGGACGGCAAUGGCCGCAUGAUACUGAAGGACGGUUCCUUGUAUAUAGGUACGUGGAAGGAAGGAAAUAUCGUGGGCCAAGGCGAGUUCCGGCUCUCUGAGAACUGUGACCUCAGCAACCCAGACUACUGA